UUGACUAGGGGCAAACGAGUCAUUUUAUAAGUUGUGAACCGAGUGAUCUGUUAGGAUAUCGGGUUCGGGUCGUUCCUUAAAACCUAAGGAGGUUUCUGACCGAUUCCUGCAGCGCUGUAAAGCUUCGGAGCGACGGAGAUGAAGUCCAGAAUCGGAGCAGCACUAUCUCCGCUAUUCAAAGGUCCGCAUCGAAGAUACAUUUCCGAAGCCCCUUCAGCCAAACCAAGCCUCUCUUUUUUCAACGGUGAUGGCCACUCUAACAGUUUUCCUCUCAUUAGGACAUUGGUCAGCCUCCAAGUACAAGGAAUCAACAGCCGAAAGCAAUCCUUACACAGUUCCGCUAGUGAUGAGGACGACUUCUCAGAACUAGGCUCGCCUGUGGUGCAGGGUGCUGGUAAAAUGCUGAAACUGGUGACUCAAAAGCCUGAGCCGUAUGGGAUGCGGAGAAUUGAUCCUGCGAAAAAACAAUUUUCUGGGAGGCCUUUGCCUGUUGAAAGUAGCUCCAGGGCGAAGGACGUUAUCCAUAGCCAGGUUGACAGUUCUAAAUAUACAGUUGACAUGAAAUCCAGGAACUCAAGAAAAGGUUAUAACUUUGUCGUGGAUCCCAAUUUAGAGCUCGGUUCUGAGAGCGGGAAGCUCAGUGAGCUGAAGGCUUCCCAUGCAGCAAAGUCAACCUCUGUUACUAUUGAAGAUAUUCCAUCAGCAAUAGGUCUUUCUCAGCUGAUAGAAGCAAUUUCAGUAUUUGGAGAGAUCUCCAGUACUUUCAUGAAGACUGGACGUAAUGGACUUCACUACUGCGUUGUCAACUAUGAGAGUGGAGAUUCAAGGAGGAGAGCAGUUUCAGUUGGUGGGAUAACAGUGAACGGAUUUCUCCUUCCCAUUCGUCCGCUGGAUGUCUCAGAGACUAUUGCUAUAAAAAUCAAGAACAUCAGUUUUGAAACUGCUGAUGCUGCAGUACACUCAGCAUGCAUGUCAUUUGGUUCUCUGGAGGGGUUGGCUAGGACAAAAGAAGACACAGUAGAUGCCAUAUAUAAUGUGAAGAACGUCUUGGAAUCACAAAGUAUACUUAAAAAGUUGAAUGAUACCAUCACGGAUGGUCACAGAUGGUCAGCUCAUUUGUUGGCAAGAGAUUCAACAAACAACGAGGAUGCUAAAUGCGAGUUGGGGUUGCAGAUCAGUAGUCAUCUAGCCAAACUGAAAAGGCAAGUCUGCAUGAAGAAGAUUGAAGCGGAAGAUUUAGAAUACCUGCAUUCAUCCAUUGUGCACCUUGAGGAGACCCCUGGAAUCAGUAAUCCAUCUUGCUGAUUGUCCUGUCAAGUGGGCUAUCUAAUAUGGUCUAACACGUGUCUAUAGAACAGUGUAAAGUAGUACGCUUUCCCAUAGUUGCAUAUGAGGUGGUGAAAACAAAUUCGUACCAUGGCGUAUUUUGGUCAUGCCAACAUGGAUUUUACUUGUAAUGGAGCCCGGGAAGAGACUUAGAGGGAACCCGAGGAUGUCCAGUUUGGAGAAUGAAUUAAAUUAUUAUUACUUCUGCUUAUGGACAAAGGUGAAGUGCGAUCAUUUUUUGACCUUCCUGGUAAA